ACUCUCCCAAACAAAAACCAGAACAUUUGAUUUCACAUCAAACGGUCAUCCUAACCAACCCCAAUGGCACCCUCCCUCUUCCCUUGCCAUCACCACGCUCUACCCCUCCUUCGUAUGCCUUUCACCCACUUUCCCAUUAUUGGGACAGGGAAGAGACCAUCUGACAGAAACUCAAAUGGGUUGCUAUGUAGGUGCUCAUACUCUUCCUCCAAUGAUGCUGCAGAACCAGCCACGCUAUCUUUACAGUAUGACGGAAGAAGGGCUUUGCUUGGGUCUCUCCUCACAACUGCUGCGGGAUUCUGUGUCUCUCAUGUGGCUGAGGCUGUUAGCACAAGUAGAAGAGCUCUAAGAGGAGCAAAAGUACCUGAAAAUGAAUUUACAGCCCUACCCAAUGGUCUGAAGUACUAUGAUUUGAAGGUCGGGGGUGGAGUUCAGGCUGUGAAGGGAUCCCGGGUUGCAGUUCACUAUGUUGCUAAAUGGAAGGGUAUCACGUUUAUGACUAGUAGACAAGGACUUGGUGUUGGAGGAGGAACGCCAUAUGGGUUUGAUGUAGGCCAAUCUGAGAGGGGAACGGUCCUUAAAGGAUUAGAUCUAGGUGUAGAAGGCAUGCGGGUUGGAGGUCAGCGAUUACUAAUUGUUCCUCCUGAGCUAGCUUAUGGAAGCAAAGGAGUCCAGGAAAUCCCUCCUAAUGCGACAAUAGAGUUGGAUGUUGAACUACUGGCCAUCAAACAAAGCCCAUUUGGGUCUCCUGUAAAAAUUGUUGAAGGUUAAUGCAAUAUUCUUCUGCUACUGUCAUGCUGGUUUGUUGAUGUGGAUAACCGAAGGCGGACAAAUUGUAGAAGAAAAGGAUCUUUUCCUUGUACGGCCCUUUUCUGUGAACCAUGAACCUGUAGUUACAUUUGUUCCUGGACAAGUUACAUUUGUUCCUACAUAAAUUGAUAGUGUAUGCAAUUGUUGUUAUAAGUCUUGCUUGUGACCUUUAAUAAAAUAUCUUAAGAUUUCA